AUGGGGCCGUUGACUAUUGCUCUGAAUGUCCAUUCAUUGGGGUAUAGCAGGUGCUGGAAAAUAUCACAUGGUUUUGUAACAUGCUUACGAACAUUACCAGAAUCCGAACAUGUAGUUCUUGCAGUAGCGGCACGUGAACUAUCAAGGGCACAGAACUUUUCUAGCUUACAUAAAAUUAAAAAGGCGUUAUUACAAUUAUGUAGAGCUAGCUCUACAAUUAUUUUUCAUUUUUUUACAUUUACAGAUGUCGUAUAUAUUGGAACGUUACAUUCUCAACACUUUGACAUUGCAAAAUUAAUGUUAUAUCAUGGGAACCAUGUUUUAUGUGAAAAACCUUUAACUAUGAAUUUGAAGCAAACAACAGAGUUGAUAAAUUUAGCAAAGCAGAAGAAGUUGUUCUUAAUGGAAGGUAUUUGGAGUAGUAGUUGUUUUCCUAUAUAUGAAACUCUUAAAAAAGAAAUUGUCAUAGAGUGUUAUCAGCGUUGUCAUAGACUGUUGUCACCAUAUUUUAAAAAGAAUCGUUGUAACGAAGUUAGUGAGUGACGAAUAGUGAUUGCGCAAACAUAGAUUGCCGGAGCAUCAAACGAUAUUGUAACAAUCAUACCGUUACCAAAUCUACUAGCACUAUACCAUUUUCCUACAUAUAUAUAUGCCUAAGAUACAAUAAGUUACAUAUAUAUAAAAUAUAUAUGUAUGUAUAUUUCAAUAUUCCUAUAAGAUAUACAGGGUAUAUUGUUUAAUACCAACCACCACUUCUCGAGUGUUUCCAAUAAUAUUGUAACGUCGCGUGAAAAGGUCCGCGCGACGUCCUUCAUUGUCUGACCGUCAAGGCCCAAGCACCGUUAGAGGAACACUCAAUAAACCUAAGGCCCCACCAUAAACCGAGUCUUAUUAGUUCGCAGGAAGCUUUAACCGUACAAGUAUUUUCAGUUUAUUACUGGUACUUAAAAGGUCCUUAGGUCUAUUGUACAUUCUUCCAAAUUACGAAGAAAGGAAGUAGUUACCUAAAGGGAAAAACGAAAAAAUUGCCUAAUGGAAUAGCUGGUAAUAUAACCGAAUAAAACUGAUCCCAUAUCAAAUCUGCAGCCUUUCUGUCCACAAAAGCUAAUAGCAGAAUCCGUUAAUGCAGAUUUGGCUGGUAGUGCAACUGGUUUAAUAGAGUAACGUUAGUCCUGAAGAAUCACGGUGACGUAUAUUAUGUACGUUAAGUAAUAAAGAACAAUGCUUUUAUAUAAAUAUUAGAAUAUAUUAAAAUACCAGAAUUAUAGAAUAUUAGAAUAUAUGAGAAUACCAGAGUUAUA